AUGAAGUCCAUUCUCAGUCUCGCCCUCGUCGCCCUCCUUCCGUGCAUCAAGGCAUCGUUCCCUGGAAGCACCUUCGGAAUUGUCUACAACACCACUUCGUCUCUGAUUCCCAGCGCCGGCCAUCUCGCUGUCUUCCAAACCGAAACCAACCCUCCGGGAGCAUUCUAUACCACUAUUUCGCCUACCACCCCCGACAUUGGAGGGUAUUUCACCGUAGCUGGCGUUAGCGGAGGAGUCUUGCACAAUGCCUGCAGUGACAUUGGCAUUGCAGUCCUCGUUCCACCCAAUCCACCAAUCAAUGGCCUGAAAUACGUUUUACAGUGGACGCCAGGGCCGCUCAAUAAUUUACCCGAGGGUAGCCUGGUCCUUCCGUUCCAACUCGGGCCUGCCCCCACCUAUGACACCAUCGUCAACACUGAUCCCCAGGCUAACCCUGGAACGUUCAAAGUUGUGCCGUUCGGGGGAGAAGCCUCUUACGUGGUGGGUUGGGCAGAUGAUGAAACUGAUGGGUCAGCGAUCACUCUUGUGAAGACUGGAACUCAAAAUGUGCAAUGUCCGUGA